UAUAUUUUUUUAUUUUCUUCAAGAGUGUAAGUAAUCGCAUCAUCUUCGUACAUCUGAAACACCAUCUGAAAUGGAACUUCCGUACUCGUUUCUUCAAUUUCAAUUUCAACAUGGACGUUGUCAUUUGAAAAUUGUCAAUCUUAUAAAAUUCUGUUCCUAAUCAGUGUUUCUAAUCAGUGUCAAAUACUUUUACAUCGUCGUCGAUGGAUGAAUUCAUGUCGUUUUGUCUUGCUAUAACUCUUACUAGUCACCACUAAAGUUUUCAACUUUGAUCUCAUUCUGUCAAGUUCAUUUUAAAAACAUAUGUCAUCUUAGUGAACCACGUGAUGGCAUUAUGAGUGGGCGAACUUUCAAACCAACUGCGGCAUUUCAGAAAAAAGAGGAACAGUUGAGAAAGGAUGUUUUGUUGAAAACGCUAAAAAAGCUCGUGAACGACGUGAAGAAACUUUUCAAAGAUCCUCAAUUUUCUGACGUCAUGUUCGAGUCAGGGUCUUUUCAGUUGCCUCUCCAUUCGUUUAUAGUGGAGGCUAGGUGUCCGGAAUUUUAUGAGUUUAUUCGAGAACAACCGGAUGCACUGAAAAUAAAAUUGUCAAUCAAGAAAUCUGCGCUGCUCUCUAAGUUCGAGAGUUGGAUGAACACGCUGUACUCGAGCGAUAAGAUAGACUGCGCUUUGGUAAGAGACCUUUUUCACUUGGAAACGUCAAAAACAAGUGAUUCACUAUCAAAAGAUCUAUCUUCCCUCCUCAUCAAAAGUGGCACGGCUGAUGUCGAGAUUAAGGUCGCGGGCAAAAGCGUCAUGGCACACAAGGCAAUAUUGGCUUCUCGUUCCGACUAUUUUAACGCCAUGUUCCAAUCAUCUUGGAGAGAGGCCACGCAGCAUCAGUUUGAGUUACCAGACGUGAGCUACGACAUGUUUCUUGCCGUUUUGAAUUUCAUGUAUGCAGCAGAUCAUGGGAUCCUGAAGUUCCCCGCGUGUGAUGUGAUGCGGUUUGCCGACAUGUACGGCAUGCAUGACAUGAUGGAAGUGAUAAUGGCCGAGAUGAGAAUCACGAAAUGCCAUUUUUUCCAUAAACCUUGCCAGUACUGCAUACCGCAGGUUUUCGAAUGCUUGAAGAGUUGUGACAAUUUCAUUCAAACGGAGAGAUUUCGACAGGAGUGCAUUCGAUGGUUGAGCAAACACUAUCCAAAGACGCUCGCUAGUAGGCAUGUGACCCAGUUAUCCGAACAAUUAAGGGACAGCCUGCGAGAAGAAAUCGCCAAGAAUCUUGCGAAGCCUUCGACUGUCACGUUUGAGUGGAUCAAGUUGAAUAAAUUGAAAGCGUCGUUGAAGAACGUGAACACCACGUGGACAAAGGUGGUCUUGAACUUUGUCGACGAAUUACGUGAUGAAUGUGUUCACUUCAUCGUGAUGAACUUUCAAGCCGUUUGCGAGCUACCGAACGUCUCCGCUUUCUUGAAGGAAGCGAAUUUCUCGAGCUCAUUUUUCGAAACUUUUUUGCUCGAAAUUCUCGACAUGUUGACCGUGGCGAACUGCUGCAAUAUUCAUCAAGGCCUGCAGUACAUCGUUCAGCGUGUCACGGUCAUGGAAGAGUGUGAACAUAAUUUAUUGAGCGCAUUCGAUGAGGAAUGUCUUCGCGUCGUACGUGAGUGUCUGACGAAAUGCGAGAAAUUUAUCAUCGGAAGAGUUGGACCUGUGUCACAGACGAAAGCCUGGGCCGACAAGAUGCCUCAGUCGAAACAAAAAGAAUUGAAAAACCUCGCCUUUUUCGUCGACUUGUGAUGUAAAUAUGACUCCAAGCUGCUCGGCACCGAAUGUUUUUGUUAUUGAAAUUGAUUUUUUUGAUUUUAUUAUCAUACGUACGUUAUCUCAUUUGUAGUGGGCAGAUAAUUGCUUUGUAAUUUGUAUUUCCCUGUAACGAUUUGUAAAUAUGGGAGAUUCCAAGGUGUCGCGUCCAUUUAUCGACAAUGUUCAUAGCGCAAUCGCUGAAUAACCAUGUUUUCCUUAAAACUUAUAUCCAUCCAGAAUUACCUGUUUAUGUGAUCAUAUGGAAUCAUUUCAGAUCGACAAGGAUAGAUUUAGUAGAGAGUUGAGCACCCCCUCCUUGCCUUGGCAAGAUGUGAUGCAUGAUGAGUGCCAAUUUCCUCACAAAACAGAAUUCAACAAAAAAGUCUGGCUUGGUGCGGGGACAAAUAGCCACAAAAAUCUAAUUCAAAUUGGAACACCACUCCUACGAAACCAUCCUGGAUCAGACCCUCGUUUAACUGACAUAACAUGAUCGAUUUCAGUGCUCAUGACGCAAAAUUCUAUCAGUCAGUUUUCUGGUUGAAUUGCAAAUAUUAUUUGAAAUGAUAGCGGUCUCGAACUGUUUUAGCUUACAUCUUUCUGGCGACAUUGAACUAAAUUGGCAUUGCUCAUUAUGCAUAUAUAAAGCUCGCAUAUUAUGCUAAUGAUGACAUGUAAAGCUUGCCAAACCGCUUAGAAUAAACAAUAUUUACUUUUAUAGCUCGAAA